UGUUUUCUCCCCCCAAAUCAAAACCCCAAACCUUGGUUCACUGCCAAGAGCGCUCCGCUUCUUUCUCCGACCGACCGACCACCAUCUCCAACUCGCCGCCGUCUCCUCUGCGGAGGAAGUCAACGUCGUUCAAGAUUUUUCCUAAUUUGUAUGUAAAUAAGAUAAAACCCCAAAUGGGGACGAGAGAAGUGUACGAGGAGAAGCUCCGAUCUGCUGACUUACACUACGACCCCACGAUAAACCCCGGCCUCGGAUCCGCUCGCUGCCCUCGAUGCCUCUCUCACGUUGAUCCCAACACUAGAAACGGAGAGGGGACGAUUACUUCAGUUCUUCAUGAUUUGUCGGCGGUCGCUGGCUCUGGGAUUGGUGCUUUGCUCAGCGCUGUACAUGGAUUUAAUACAGGAAAAUAUUUUUUUUUUGUUGCCUUUUAUGUGUGCUUCUAUUUUUAUAAUGUUUGGAAUUUGGUUAUUAUCAUUAUUAUUAUUAUUAAAUUUUUUUUGCUGAAUUGGGUUUUUUGUUGGAUUUGUUGCAGGUAUUCCUCUUGUUCAGAAGCAUGUGAAAGGACCCAAGUGGGUGCAGAUUGCUACAGGGGUUCCCCUACUACUAUUAUUUUCUGGAGUUGGUGCUGCAGUUGGAGCAUAUGCAGUCCCAAAGUUUGCGCAGCUUACAGUGUCAUCCUACUAUGCUGCCUACAGUGCAUCUCAUUAUGCAAUAUCACAGGCUACUCAUCGAAUAGAAGGGGUCCAUGCUUCUGAAGGACUUCAUGAUAAGUCCAGAUGAUGCAAUUCCAAGUUGUCUUCAAACCAAUAGGACUACUUAGAGUUUGUGAAAUAAAGUUUUUGCUGUAUAGGAUAUUAUAAAUUUUGUAUGCAUGAGUUUUUUUACUUCAUGCUUUUGGGUGUAAUGAAAGACAGUAUGAUGCAAAAUACUACAGGAAUUGAUGUUCUGAAAAAAGGAAUAUCAGACUUUUCCUCUUCC